AGAGAGAGAGAGAGAGAGACAGCAUACAGUGAAGCAUCUCUAAUCUGGACACCAAAGAAAGUCUUCAUAUUAGUUUACCUGCUAAUUUGGAGCACUUCCAAUUGUGACAAACCCGAGGAGAUUACCCUUAAUCUACGCUACGUGAAGGCGUAUUGUUCAAUACAAUGUGUUACAAAGAUGGACUGGCGUCCAGAUCAUGUGCCUACAUCGGUAUGAUAACAAAACUACUAGUUUGGACACAUAGCACUGCUAAUGUGUAAGUAGACAAUCCCAAGCCCUACAGAAAUGACCCACAAUAAAUACAACACUGCUGUUACUGGCUGA